AACCGUUUUCCUUUCACCUCUUUUCUUCCCAAUCCCGUAUAACUGGGAACUGAGAACUAACAGCGUGAUCGGCGAUCGCGAACUCGUUCUGUUCAUGGCAACCUCCGCCGCCAUCGGCGGCGCACUCACGGCGCACGAUCGCUGGAUUCUUACGGCGGUGAACGCCGGAGCAUCGAGCCUGUCGUUGGCUGGGUCCAGCUUCAUUGUACUCUGUUACCUCCUCUUCAAGGAGCUCCGCAAGUUCUCCUUCAAGCUCGUUUUCUACCUCGCCCUCUCUGAUAUGCUUUGCAGUUUCUUCAACGUAAUAGGGGACCCAUCCCAAGGUUUCUUUUGUUAUGCUCAGGGAUAUAGCACACAUUUCUUUUGUGUGGCGUCUUUCCUAUGGACUACAACUAUUGCAUUUACCCUACACCGUACUGUUGUAAAACACAAAACAGAUGUUGAAGAUUUGGAGGCCAUGUUUCACUUGUAUGUUUGGGGUACAUCCCUUGUUAUGACAGUUAUGCGCUCCUUUGGUAAUGACCAUAAGCAUUUUGGUGCCUGGUGUUGGACUCAAACAGGUCGCACAGGGAAGGCAAUUCAUUUUAUAACAUUUUACAUGCCACUUUGGGGUGCAAUUCUAUAUAAUGGGUUUACAUACUUGCAAGUGAUACGCAUGCUGAAUAACGCAACCCGUAUGGCAGUUGGCAUGUCAGGUCAAGCUUAUGUCUCAGAUACAAGAGAUAACAUGAGGGCUCUGAAUCGCUGGGGAUACUAUCCACUAAUUCUAAUAGGAUCUUGGGCUUUUGGCACUAUUAACCGUAUUCAUGAUUUUUUUGACCCCAGCCAUAAGAUCUUUUGGCUCUCACUUCUUGAUGUUGGAACCGCUGCUCUAAUGGGGCUCUUUAACUCAAUUGCAUAUGGCCUCAAUUCUUCUGUUCGACGAGCAAUUUGUGAAAGACUGGACAAGUGCUGGCCAGAGAGACUAUACAGAUGGCUCCCUAACAAAUUUAAGUACAAGAACCUACAACAGGAAAGUGAACUAGUUUCGUUUCAAACUGAAGGUCAGCGAUAGUGAAGAGACAUAUAACAUAUUGCAUCCUCCAUACCAUAUUUUGGCACUUUUCAUGGACAAAAGAGCGGGCAGCAAUACUUUCCGGCGAAUAUCAUUGCUCUGCUGCUUCAUUUACCUGAGUAUGAUACUGAUGAUGACCCUUCUUAAACAAAUCAGAGGACAGUAAAGUCCAUGUUGAAUGUGUCUUUGGAAGCUAAUUUCCUCAAACUGAAGACCACUUGUGACUGCGGUGCUUUUAUUUUUCUCAGAAAUGCUCAAUGUCUCUCCCUGUGAUUCAUCAUUCGCUGCAUGACCUUGUGUGAUGUAUCAUCUAUUCCUCAUUUCUGCUAUAGAAUGUUUUCUUAAUUUUUAGGUUUGUAGACUAGGUGCACUUUCAGAUUGUUACAAAUUGCUAACGACUUCCCAUUUUUUGCUGGGCAUUUGGUUGACCGCCAGCAAUAGAAGUACUUCAGUGUGAAACGCACAUGUAUAGAUCGAUUUUGUUUAUUCU